AUGGUGACGAUUGAGUUGAUUUGUAGUCAUCUUAGUGGUAAGAAGAAGGUGUUUAGAGAUGGCAAGUGUAUAUUCGAUAUUCAAAGAUUCGGCACAUCAUUUUAGUAUCCUUUCUAGAUCAAUAACCAUAUGCUUAACAUCAUUCAACAUGGAGAAAUGUUUGAACUCAGAAUAGACAAUCAAAGCUUCCAACAUCUGUUUAAUCAGGAUAAAACUAGAAAGGCCUUUGUGUUUGAUGGAGAGGAAAACCCAUAAUAAACCAAUAAAUUUGAUAAUUAUGAAUCAAAUUUAGGAAAAGAUCGAAGAGAGGAUGAUUAUAACAUUAGUAGCUAUAAAGCAAAUGAGAAUAAUGAUUAUGGGUAUGGUGGAUAUAAAAAAGGCCACUCUGAUGUUAAUCCUAAUUGGAAUAAUAAUAAUAAUGUUAAUGGUGGAUUUGAUUCUGACAAUAUAAGAAAUAAACCAUAUGACAGCUAUAGUCCAUAAAGAGAAAAUACUAAAUCGAAUAAUUCUUAAAAUGCCAAUAGAAGUAAUGCAGGCAAUAGUAAUAAUGGAGGACUUACAUAUUUCAGCAACUUUGACCAGGGUGUGAAAUUUAAGAAAGCUGAGUAUAUUAGUAAAGCAGAUGGUGGAAAUAAUGGGGAUAACUUACUAGACCUUGGCUUUGGUGGGGGUCCAUCAGGCCAUUCAUAAUAAAUUGGAAAUCAAAAUUUUAAAUCUAAUAACAAUAUUGGGAACAAUAAUUUCUUUGAUUUCGAUUUCAAUGCCACUGCUAAUUAAAAUUCAUCAGCUUAGAAUAAUACUUUUGACUUUGACUUUCCAGGUGGUCAAACUUAAAACACUAACAGCAAUAUUAAUAGUAAAUAAUAGUAAAAUAAACAAGCAGCUGUAUUUGAUUUUAAUAGUUAUAACAGCAUCAAUACAAGUACAUAAGUUAAUCAGUAAUAAUAAAAGCAGCAAUAAACACAGCCCUCAGUGAAUACCCUUGAUGAUUUAUUCUAAUCAUCACAACCUUAACCUUAGAAUUCUCUUGAUGACUUAUUCAAUGCCAGUAGUGUUCCCUAAGUUAAUAAUACAAAUUAAUCACUUAAUUUUGAAGAAUAGAGAAGGAUUUAAGAAUUGAUUUAGACGGGUUACAAUCAAUAGUAGAACUUAGGAGCAAUUAGAUAAAAUCAGUCUUAGUAAUAACAGCAACAAUUUGUACCCAAUCCAAUGGCAAAUAUGGGUUCAAAUUUUAAUAUUUAGUAGCAAUAAUAGUAUCAAUAGUAGCAGCAAAAUUUAGGAGGGUUUUAGUUCAAUAAUUUCUAAUUCAAUAAUGCUAAUAAUUAAUAAAUUGGAAAGGAUAAGGAGAAUCUUGAGUCAAAGCUUGUUAACCUAGAUUGUCUUGGUGGUGGAGUAAGUAGUAAUAAUCAAGGCUUAGGAGGUAAAAGUAAUUAAGAUCCUUUCACAGAUGCAUUCUCCAACAACACUAGAAGUGCAAUCCCAAUGAGCAAUUAGAAAGAUGCCUUCAGCUUUGUUUAAAACUAAAUUACUACUGAUAUAAGCCCAGAUAAUCAUACACAAACCAAGUAAAGAUCUAGUCUACUUGGAAACAAAGGUGUAAUCACCUCAGAUCAAAUGACAGUCAAUUUCUCAUCUACUGCUACUCAAAAUACUAACAUUGGGUUCGCCUAAACAACUUAGAAUAGCAAAAGUAAUAAUGAAAAUGACUUCUUCUUUGGAUUUAAUGCAUAAGCAAAUUAGAACACUCAAAACUAGCAAUAGGAUAAUGACUUUAAAUUCUUCUGA